UCUCUUUGCAUGCUUUGCCUGACAAGGAGGUCUUGUUUGGAUGAAGAAGUAGAUCCAGUCCAAGGGGUUUGGGAAGGAAUGCUAAGUUUCAUUGCCAAUCCCAUAACUACAGAAUCUAGGCUUGCAUGGGGCCAGCGUCAUCAGCCUUCUUAUAUAUACUCGGUGCCCCUGCCUGCAUGAGCGCACGCAACAAACUACUUUCUCCCUUGUGGAUUCCGAUUACAAGAACUCGAAACUCCAUGGGCCAAGGAGCUGCGAAGGCGAAGCAAGGGGGAGAGCAGGAUCAGACGCUGAGGACCGACAAGGACAAGAACAGCGCGCACAGAUCCCGUGACGCGGAUGAACUCAUCGAGUUCAUGAAGGGGCACUACAAGGACAAAGUGCAGCAUGUAAAAACCUUCGAUGACUUCUACCAUGCCAUUUACGAGCUCAUCCAAAUGUUUUGUGAGAGCCGUGGGCAGCUGCAGUACAAGAUACCAUCGAGGGAGGAACUCGAAAUACAGUACCUGAAGGCUCACCCCUCGGGAGACGCAAAUCUGACCGAGAAGCAGUUCCUGGAAAUCGCCAAGGGGAUCGUCAAGCUGGACAGCUUCACCUUCGGCAAGGCCACCUGGGACAUCAUCGUCGUCCUCUUCGGACUGCCGGUGUGCGCGCUCCUCACCAAGACGUAUAUCCCCGGCCUCAAGUCCAUAUCCGACGACAUUGUCAUCCCGGCGGCUACCUCCGGCGCCGUCGUGUACCUCGCCAAGACGAACAAGCUGUGACCGCCGGCACAAGUUAAACGAGUUGCACUGUACUUCCGGCCCAUGGAAGCAACAGGGUGGCCGGUGCAUGUAUCGGAAUAACUGUCAUGUGUUGUGACCGGCUUGCUUACAUCCAGAUCCAGAUUUGUAAAAAAAAAAAAAA